AUGAAGUGGAACGCAUAUGUGUUCCACAAACAGUAUGAAGAUCCUCAUGUUAUCGUCACCCAUGAAGGACACAUAGGUGGAACUCAGAAGGAAGUGACGGUGAACCUUGCGGUGGAAGGCAGUUUGCGUUCCACAGGAAAGAAGGAAGUGACGGCUAAUCUGGGCGAACCAAUAGGUGAUGCACGGAACAUGCAUUCCAGGAAACGGAAUGUACAUUCCAAAGGACAGGAAUUUAUGCCCUGGAUGCCCCCAAAUGCUGGCAAUUGA